AUGGUAAAAAUGAACUUAUUACACAAUUGUAAUAAAGAACGUAAAAUAAUAAUUGACGAGAUGAAAAAAUUAAAAUAUAAUUAUAAAAAGAUACGGAGUAUCAAACACAUAAUAAAAGAUAUUAGCAUUGAAUUAACUAAUAAAAAAUUACUAGUAUUUAAUUUAUCAUAUUUUAAUAUUUUUGUUUUGCUGAUUAUCUUUUCUUUAAAAUACAUUAUAUCCAUAAAAAUAGUACUUAUUAUUGUUAGUUUUUUUUAUUUAAAAUAUUUAAUUCAUCAUCUUCUUUUAUUUUUAUAUAAUUAUAAUCUCCACAAAUUUAAUGAAGUAAUAAAACUACUAUAUAAAUAUGAAUAUGCAAAAAUUGCUAAUGGUAUUAAUGUAAAGAAUGAUUUAAUUAUAGACGAUAUAUAUAACAGUAUAUAUAGAAUAACAAAGUCUAUUUUGUCUAUAUACUUCUUUUUUAUGAAAAAUACUUUUUCCUAUUUAUUUGAAUAUAAUAAUAUAGAAGAAAUAUAUAAUUCCUCUUGUUCAAAAAAUUUGAAAAAAUUAUGUUAUCUAAAAGAUUUUUACUUUAGCUUAUUUAUUGUACUUUUUGAAUUAAAAAUAAAAAAGAGCUAUUCAGAAAAGGAAGAAAAGAGAAAACUUUAUAAAAAUAUAAGAAAUAUAUUUAAAGAAAAAUAUAAAAAAGAUUAUAAAAUGAUGGAAACAAGUGAAAAUAGUCCUUUCAUAUUCUAUUUUUAUCAAUCCUUUCAUGAUAUAAUAAAGUAUAUGUUUUAUUUUUCUCACUUUUUUAUUUUCAUAUUUAUAUCCAUAUUUUACCUUUCAAGAAGUUACUUUAUUUUAUCAUCCUAUAAAAAUAUUUUAAAAAAAAAAAGUAAUUUAUUUCUUACAAAGAGUGAAAAAAUAAAUAAACAAAACAUUUUAGAAGGAAAAAACGAAAUAAUAUCACUCCUGGUAGACUCAUUAAUUCUAUUGAACUUCAUUCACAAAAAUGAUAAAGACGAGGAAAAUUAUAAAUUAAUAGAAAAUAAAUUACACAAUUCAAUAAAUUUAAUAAAAUCAUUAAAAAAUAAGAUAACAAAAAAAUUAGAAACAAAAAGUUUUAUUCGAAACAAUAAUUUAGAAAUAAAAGAUAUAAAAGAAGAUGAAAGCAAAAAGAAUUUCAUUAAUUACUUACCUUAUGAGGAAAAAAAUGUGUAUGAAACUGAAACUAAAUUAAUUGAAAACAGCAUUAUUGAAAAUAUUGAGAAGGAAAAAUAUUUAACUUAUGAUAUUUAUUAUUAUGAUAAUAAAGAAGGUGAAAAUUGUGAAGAGAAAAAAAAUUGUAAUGAACAAAAAAAUAAUUAUAGUAUAUUGAAUGGUCCUAAUAAUAGAAUGAUAAGCAAAGAAGAAUUAAAUGAAGAAAAUGAAUUACAAAAUUCUAUUAAUACAUAUUCAUAUAUUAACAAAUAUAGCAAUAACAAAAAAGAGAUAGAAUACAAAAAAGAAUAUUGUAUUAGUUCGAAUGAUAAAGAUAUAUAUAAGGAAAUAUGUAUUGAUAAUUUGUUAAAAGAAUUAAGAAUAAGAUUUAAAAAAAGGAGAAAUUACAAAUAUGUGAAGAAAAAGUUAUGUUAUGAUAGUAACAAAAAGGAUUUUUGCAUAAAAAACAUUUCAUCAAAUGAUAUUGACUUGUUAAAUGAAUAUGAUAAAUGCACAGAAGAAACUACAAAACAACAUAAAAUUGUAAAAAUUUCUGACAAUAAUGAAAAUAUCCAAGAGACGGUUUCAGAUAAAAUAAUUAUGAAGAAUAAUUAUUUAUGUAAGGAAGAAGAUCAAGAUAUAUAUGAAUCAGAUUUCUUAAAACCAAUAGAAAAUAUUUCCUCUUUUAGAGAAAAAAUUGCAUCAUCUAUUUUACAAAGAAACCUAAUUCAGAAAUAA